CACAGAUCCCCCUGCCCCAGCCCAAGUGGGAAGUGCCAUCUGCUCUCGGAAGAGAGCGUGUUGAGCAAGGUGCGCUAGGUACUGAGUAUCUGGUAAUAUCCACAUAACCGGGCCAGGAGGUAAGUCACUACGACCCCCCGCCAAAGCCAAGCCACUCGAGUUCAGAGACAAAAGCAGGCUAUUCCGUUCCACCCACGCCUGUGCCCACUCCCGCUCACACGGCCUCCCAACUUUGUCUGUCUUGAGAUACAACUCAGGCCCGGUCCCCGUUUCCCGUUCCUCAUUCCCUCCCCAUUUUCAGCCCCUUGGUCUUGCAAUUGCGACAGCCCUCAUCUAUCGCAUCGUCGCCCUCGAUUCGAUCUCCCUGCGAAGGCCCUUUUAAUUCAUUCUGGAGCACUCUAGCCAGCAAAGCUUUGGAGCCCCUGGACCUGCUGGCGACGACUGAACAUCAACGCGUCCAGUUCUAGAGUCUGCAACUAGCCCUUACGCCAUUCGUUAUCAUCUCUGCUCGGCGCAUCGAAAACCAUUCAUCAUCUGUUCAAAAGAACCAGAACUGUUCUUUUUUGACUUAUUGUUUGUUACCUAAGGUUCGACAACGAUCAACGGCGACUCGGCCCGGUUAAACGCCUCUUCCAUCCGUUAUCCGUCGAAUCGACUCUUGAACAAUCCGUAUUGUUCUGAUAGCAAACGGGCGGCGAAAUCAUCUCGAAGCAAAACAUAGAGUAGAAAAGGCACUCCUUAUAUAAACACAUAAUAUGUCUGGUGACGGAACCUCAACCCCCGGGGUUGGUGGCAGCAAUGCCAGCGAGUUUGUUCGCAAGCUUUAUCGGAUGCUCGAAGAUCCAGCGCAUCAGGACGUUGCAAGAUGGGGAAAAGACGGCGAUACGUUCGUCGUUGUUGAGAACGAAAAAUUCACACGUUCAAUCUUGCCUAAGCACUUCAAGCACAGCAACAUGGCUAGUUUUGUCCGACAAUUGAACAAGUACGAUUUCCAUAAAGUGCGACAAACAAAUGACAGUGGAUCUGCGGCCAAUGGUGCCAAUACUCUCGAGUUCAAGCAUCCCAAUUUCAGGGUGGGCAGCAAGGACGAUCUCGAUAACAUUCGUCGAAAGGCCCCGGCACCAAGGAGGACACAAGCCACAGAGGACUUCACAACCAGCCAUCACAUCAGCGUCAUGACUGAACAACUGACAGCUACCCAGCAGCAAGUUCAACAGCUUCAGGAGCUCUUCACUGAAGUGUCUCAGACCAACCGACUUCUUGUGAAUGAGGUUCUGACUUUGCAAAAAAUGCUCAAUGCGCAAAAGCAAUCACAGCACGAAAUGCUUAAUUACCUCUCACCUUCAAACAACCGCCAUCAACAGAGCAUGCACCUCAAUGUCGGGACAUCUCCUCUGGAUGGUAGUGACGAUUCGGCACCAGAACUGCGAAGGGCUCGUGAGCUUCUGUCCAGCGUGACACCUGAUCAAAUUGCCGACCGAGAGCUGGAACGUCUUCAGGGCGUAUAUGGAUCUCCGGCAGACUCCGCAGUUGUCAUCCCACAAGCCUCAAUGCCUAUGAUGCAUGAUCCAAUGAACGACAUCAACCGCUAUCCCGUGUACCCGGUGGGUCAAACCGUCGGCAUCGAUCCUUUCCACUCAGAUCACAUCCACAAAAUCCCUUAUGCGAUGCCGAAUGAGUCCAGCGCCAAUGCCAUGCAGGAGGUGCCUGCUCCCCAGCCUAUCAACAUCCAAACACACGCAAACUCUAACUCGUCGACCAACUCGGCCCUCACUUGGGCAUCACGAAAACCCAGGAUUUUCCUUGUUGAAGAUGAUCCGACUUGUGCUAAGAUUGGUAUCAAGUUUCUCAAGUCGAUGGGCUGUGAAGUCGAGCAUGCUCAAAACGGAGCAGACGCAUAUAGCCGUAUCACUAGUGUUGCCCGUGAUCAUUUCGACAUGAUCUUCAUGGACAUCAUAAUGCCCAAGCUGGAUGGUGUCUCGACAACCAUGUAUAUUCGGCAAGACUGCCCUGCCAUUCCCAUUGUUGCUAUGACGUCGAAUAUCCGAUCUGACGAGGUCCACUGCUAUUUUGAACACGGUAUGAACGGAGUUCUGGCCAAGCCAUUUACCAAGAGUGGAAUGCAGAAGAUUGUCGAAAAUCACUUGAGCUACCUUCUUAAGGGUUAUGACCCUUCGACUCAACAAGAAUCAGGCUCAGGUUAUGUAGUUGGUGGCGCAGGUUACAUGAACCCGCCGAGCAACUUGAACACUUCCGGCGGAACGAAUUUCAAGUUUGAGACAACGCCCACGCCGCCAGCGACUGGUGCCACCUGGUCCCCGGGACAGAUGCCGCAGCAGUCUCCCAUGACGGCAGGGAUGGAUCAAGGCUACGGCAUGGUAAAUGGCGCAAACCAGUACGGCCUGACGCCCACCAGUGCGAGCCGAGCUAGUUUCCCAACAAGCAUCUCACAAAGCAGCCAAGGGCGAAUGGAUGGCCAAAGCCCGCCAGAAAAGCGCCAGCGGACCUACGUCUGAGCCACUGGUAUAGUGAUAUGUGCCUGAUGUACGCGUGACGCUACAUCAUGAGGAGUAUGGCGUUCGGAGCGAGACAGGAUGGGCAAUCUAAGACUGAUGGCUUCUUGGUGUUGGCCGUCGUGGAAGAAGGAUUUUGUUGUCGUAUAUUUCGUAUUUAUGAUCGGGGAGAUGCAUUGAGCCCGGAUACCUUGACGAACAAAGACAUGUAGCAGAGAUACAGCAGGCAGGCAGGUAGUUGUCCCUGGCGCGUUCGUGGAUUUGUUUCGGGAGUGUUUGGAACGUCUGAUGAACAAGUUUUGAUACCUGCGAUAAUAUCAUUGUCAUUUGGGCGCCGACCUGCCCACCAUGCAACAUUUCCGCUUUCUUGGUGGUCCCAAAGUGCUGAGUUGUUGAGAUCCAUUUCAUGGACAUGAGGAGGGCACUGUCCGUCUAGUGAAGCCUCGCACACCACCUAAUUGGCUGGCCUCUUGAUUCAGGCUGUAUUCAUAUUCGACAUUUGUUUCUGCUAGGGGGUUAAGUAUGGAUGUUUGAAUAGUUGGUUUAAUCCGUGGUUAAUUGGUAGUAUAUGGGUAGUGUUGUGGAUAGACCAGGCCGUAUAGUAGAGUAGAGUAGAGUAGAGUAGGUGGACGGAUGAAUGGAUGGAGAAGGACGGAAAUGUCGGAAACGACAGACCAAAAGUGUUUCAAGCAGCAGAGAACAGAUGACAGAUAUAAAUACCCAAGCACGUCCUUAUUACAUACAUACAUACAUACAUACA